UCCGGGCUCGACGCUCUCGCCACGAACACGCUACCACUGCCCGGCGCUCACUGCCCUUCCGCCGCGCGCACUCCCUCUCGGCCCUCUCACACGCGCGCACUCCGGCCUCUGAUCAGGACGCUGCGCCCUAUCCACUCCGCCCACUCCGAGGAUAAGGAGGAUAACCAGGAUAAGGAGGUAUACGUCCUUCCUCCCCCCCCCCUCCCCGUCUCCUUGUCACGCCGCUGCAGUUAAGAUAAGGCUUCCUCCUCCCCCACCUCCUCCUCCACCCACUUCUUCCUCCCCUCCACCCUCCUCCUCCUCCUCCUCCUCCUCCAUGUUGGCCACCAUGUCGUUCCCAGAGUCCAUCGUGACGUCAUCCAGUGGGCGGGACGAGGCGGGGCUUAAGGUUGGCGUGGGCGGGGCGAUGACCCUGGCCACGCCCAUGCCCCACUCCCCCCCUGACCUCAUCACCACCACCUCCACCACCACCCACCACCACCACCACCCGCCUGACCUCCCCGCCCUCACUCCCGAUCUUCUCCCGGAGGAUAACUUGUCCAGCUCCCCGCCUGACUUCUCCCCACCUUCGUCAGCGCCCCCAGUGUGCUCCCCAGUAUCCCCUUUGGGCGUGAGGGGCGACUCGAACUACUUUUUCUCCUACGGCGCCUCCCACGGGUACCCGCCGUCCUCCGCCUCCUGCACGCUCUCCACGGACUGCAGGAACUCGCCCGAGACUGAGAUCAUUAAGAACAACCUGCUGGGCUCGAGGCUGAGAGACACACGCUACAACUCCGUGGCCGAAUCUGAAGGCGGUUCCGUGUCCGAUUGUACCGAGGGGGAAAGGUCGCCCACGCUGCAGGUGUACUCCCCCGAGCUGGAGCGAGAGGGGUUCUCGGGGGGGCGCCAUGCCCAGCCCCCCCUCGAGAUGUUCAGCAUGGACAUCCACCCCUACGAGGCCACAAAUGGCAUGUACGGGCCCCGAAGCAGCAUGUACACGUCCACCAUGCAGGACAUGGGCGCCUCCACCACCAACAUGUGGACGCAGCAAGCGGUGGAGUACGGUAUGCAGGAGCUCAACAGCAUGAAGACCUCCUCGCCCACGCCGCCUCUCAACUUCACGCAGCGGGUGUACGGGCGCACCCAGAUGCCCCAGCGCCAGGCCUGCUCCCUCCCCAACACCACCGCGCUGCCCACCCUCAACCAGGCAACCUCCCCAACGCCCAUACCAUCACCCCCAUACCCGUACCAAGACCCCAGCACCACCACACCACUGCUUUACCUCCCCACUCUCAACCAGCUCCAGACCAGCAGCGCGCCCCUGACCCGCUCUGCCCUCAGCUACACCGGCUACGACAUGUCCGGAGGCUGGGCGACUGACCCCUACUACGGCACCCAGCAUGUCCCCAACCCCCUCAAAGUGUCUGAGGGCGGCGCCGGGCUGCGCGAGGCGUCCUGGGAGUGCCGCGAGUGUGUCAACUGCGGCGUGUCCAGCACCCCGCUGUGGCGCCGCGACGCGUCCACGGGUCACUACCUCUGCAACGCCUGCGCCCUCUACACCCGCACCAACGGCAUCAACAGGCCCCUCGGGAGGACACCUGCCCGCCGCCCCGUAAGUCGUUCACACUCUCGACGGGGAACGCAGACCUGCACCAACUGCCUCACCAGCGUCACCUCCCUCUGGCGGCGCAACAGCCAAGGCGACCCUGUGUGUAACGCCUGCGGCCUCUACCACAAGCUGCACGGCGUCAACAGGCCCAUCGCCAUGAAGAAGGAGAGCAUUCAGACCAGGAAGAGGAAAUCCAAGAACAGGACCGAUGGGAAGCAGUCCUCCUCCGCCACCUCCACCUCCACCUCCACUUCCUCCUCGACGACUACCUCCACCUCCUCCUCAUCAUCGACCUCCUCCGCCAACCCCAUCAUUCCCUCGCUGGCCCUCUCCUCCACAUCCUCCUCCACCUCCUCCACCAGCUCCUCCACCUCGACCAUCACCUCCUCCAAGUAUCAGAUGUCCUCCUCGCCCUCCGCCGGCCUCUUCACCGUCAAGACCGAGCCGCCCCUCGCCUACCCCUCCAGCUAUGGCGCCGCGGCCCCGGCCUCGUCCUACGGCCAGCACGUGUCCUCGCCCACCGUGUCCUCGGCGGCCCUGCUGGGGGCCAGCCUGCCCUCCCUGCUCCCCUCCUACUCCCACCUCUCCUCCAUGAAGUCCCCGCCAAGCUCCACCGCGGCGGCCUCGCUGCCCUACGCCAUCAAGGACGAGCCCGCCUCCCCCGGUGCCGCCGCCAGCCUGGCAGAGCUGCCCACGCUUGCCCAGACCCACGCCGCCCACCACGCCGCGGCGGCCGCCAGCACCGCCUCCCGCGGCGCCGCGCUGCAGGCCUCCACGGCAGCCUCCAUGGCCGCCGCGCCGCUGCCCGCCGCCACAACCGCCGCCAGCCUGGCCUCCGCCGCGGGCCUGCCCUCGGCCUCCCACUACGCCUCCCCCGGCAUCAUGCUGCCCCACAUCGUCACCUCCGCCAGCCUGCAGGGCCACGCCUCACCCCUGCCCGCCGUCACGCAGCAGCACGCCCUCGACCACCUCUCCUGGAAGGCCAAAUGAGCCCGCGGCCCCGUCACGGCCGGGCGCCGCCGCGGCACGAGGGCGGGACGCUGAGUGUCCUGCCGACCUGACUGGCCGUCGAGGACCACCGAGGCGCGGCGCAGCGCGGCGGGCGUGGGCAGAGCCCGGCCCGCGUGAGGCGCCCAGGAGACCAUGGGUGGCGCUGCGCGGAUGUGCCACCACCACCAGGCACCCCGGGGUGUGGCUGUGCUGUCACCACCACCACAACCACUACUACUGACAUCACCACCUUUACAACAUUAGCACCAGCACAACAACAACAACAACAAUAAUACUUAUGCCUAAGCUAAAUAAGAAUUACGAGACGGUCGAGAGAGAGAGAGAGAGAGAGAGAGAGAGAGAGAGAGAGAGAGAGAGAGAGAGAGAGAGAGAGAGAAUAUUUCAAGUGGCCGGAAAGUGCAACGCUAUAUACAUUUCAAGUGUUUGACUGUGUGUGUGUGUGUGUGUGUGUGUGUGUGUGUGUGUGUGUGUGUGUGUGUGUUUGUGUCAUGACUGUUUGCGGUGGUGGUGGUGGUGGUGGUGAUGAUAGUGGUGGUGGUGGUGUUUGGAAGCUUGCGAUUAACGAUAGAUGUGGAUAUGAGUGACAUGAUUAUUUGGCCUGUAUUGCUUAGUGGCGAGAAUGAUGAUGAUGAUGUUGAUGACGUUGAUGAUGAGAAAGAGGAGGAGAAGGAGGAAGGAGGCAGAAGAUGAAAAUGAAUGGAGGGAACAUGAUGAGAAAGAGGAGGAGGAGGAGGAGGAAGAUGAAUGUUAGGAUAAGGAUAAUGAUGAUGAUGAUGAAAAAAAGGAUGAGGAGAAAAACGAUGAUAAUGAUAAGGAUGAAGAUGAUUUAGAGCCUUUACCAUACUCGCAUCACGAUUCUUUUUUUUUUUAUUUGUAAGUGUGGCAUUAUUACCUGUCUGUACAUAAUUAAGUAACUAUCACUGUCGAAGUCAUUAAUUAGUGUGUACGGUAAGAUAUUUUUGAUGAUUGCUCUUUUAUUUUUGGGUAUUGUAUUUAUGCUGAAAAAAAAAGAAAAAAAAAGCAGAUGAUGAUAGAAUGUGUGUGUGUGUGUGUGUGUGUGUGUGUGUGUGAGAGUGAUUGUAGGAUACUUUUCACAUCUGUAUUGUUGUUGUUAUUAUUUUUGAUUUUUUUUAUAAUGUGUGUUAAGUUUAUGAAUUAGUGUUCUAGUCUGUAGAGUUAGAGUUAAGUUGUAUCAUAUUUUUCACGUUGUACUUUUCCCAUUUUUUUUCUGUAUAAGUAUUUUUUUUUGUCAUUUUCUGUAGUGUGUGUGUGUGUUAUGUUACUUUUUUGCUUUCAUUUCCCAUUCACUGUAUUUUUCACUCUAAUAUACAUUUCACGUUGCAAUGUUUCCUUUUUUUGUAUAUAUCUUUUUUUUUUGCCUUUUUUCAAUAGUGUGUUGAUAUGUUACUUUUUUCAUAUCCAUUUCUCAUUGCCUGUAUUUCUCACGCUAAUAUAUUUCACGUUUCAAUUUUCCCAUUUUUUUCAUGUAACUACUUUUUUUGUCCUUUUUCUGUCCUUUUUCUGUAGUGUGUGUUGGUAUAUUACAUGUUUUCUUUUUAAUUUCGUGUCAUUUUCAUUUGUUUUUUUUCUCACAUUUUAUAUUUCUAAGUUAUUAUGUCCGGGGUUGUUGUCUUUGCUCUCCUUCAUUUGUUUUUGUUCUUCUCUGUUGCUGCUGAUCAUUAUUUUUCUUCAUUAAGUUCUUCACUCUUCUCACGCUGUUCCCCAAUCGAGUUUUUAUUUUGAUUUGCGUUAUUUUCUCUAUGUUGCAAUUUUCCACUUUCUAUUCCUAUUUUUCUUUCCUCUAAUCCUUUUCUUUCCUUCCACUGCACAAUCGAGUUUUUAUUUUGAUUUGCGUUAUUUUCUCUAUGUUGCAAUUUUCCACUUUUUAUUCCUAUUUUUCUUUCUUCUAAUCCUUUUCUUUCCUUCCGUUGCAGUCUGUCAAUUUUUUUCCUCCUGCUGCUCAUUUACUUCGAAACUCGUCACCUCAUUUUUCUUCUAAUAACUUGCUUUUCUUCCACUUGUCUUCGUCGUAGCGUGUCUGUACUUUCAUCCCAUUUUUCUUUGUUUUCAUAAUUUUCUCUCUAUAUUUUCAUCCUUUUCUCUAUUUUCUGUUUUCAUCCUUUUCUCUAUUUUCUUUGUUUUCAUCCUUUUCUCUAGUUUCUUGUUUUUCAUCCUUUUCUCUGUUUUCAUUCUUUUCUCCAUUUUCUUUUUUUCAUCUUCUCUGUUUUCAUCCUUUUCUCUAUUUUCUCUGUUUUCAUCCUUUUCUCUAUUUUCUUUGUUUUUCAUCCUUUUCUCAAUUUUCUUUGUUUUCAUCCAAUUCUGUUUUCAUCCUUUUCUCUCCUUUUUUUUAUACUAUUGGUGUCUAUCUAUUUCUUUCCCUCAUGUUCAUAUAUCUCGAAGCUCUUCACAGCUCUUCUCUUUUCACCCUUUUCUUCGCCUUGUCUUCGUCCCUCGUGGCAGCCAGAGCCGUAUAGAGUAAGAGAGUUUAGCUAAUUUUAUCACAGCCGCCAUGUUGCUAGAGAAAGAGCCGCUUCAAAUCCAAAAUGAUGCAGAUACAAUAGUGUUUUUUUUUUGUUCUCUAGCUCUAUGUUUAGUGGUCUCUUUCUGACGAUACCUAAAGCACACAUAAAACACUUCUAUCAGCAUCAACAUCAAGUUCCAGCGGCUCUUCUGGCAACAACAUGGCGGCUAUGAUGAAGGUGGCCAAGCUCUCUAUUCUACGGCUCUGGUAGUGGCGUCCCUGUAGCGUUCGUUCACCUGCGUUCUUACUCCCUGAGGCCCGGGUCGCCGAGGGCAGUCAUGUGCUGAAUAUUGGUGCUGCAGAGGUGUGGGGGCAGGAAGGAGGGAGGGAGGGAGAAGGGGACCAGACGCUACUCUAUAGACACCCUCCUUAUCCUUACCAAGAGUGGCUGGCGUGUGGUGAGGAGGAGGAGAAAGGAACGGAAGGUAUAGGAAGAAGGAAGGAAGGGAAGGAGAGAGAGAGGAAGCAAUAGACGGGAGUAUAUGGAAGGAGAACGAAGGGAAGGAAAGAGAGAGGCAGAGGAGAUGGGAGCAUACAGAAAGAGGAGGAAAGGAGGGAAUAGAUAGGACAGUAUAUGGAAGGAGGAGAAGAGGAAGGAAGGAGAGAGAAAAAUGAAAGAAUGGAUAGGAGUAACCGUAUGGAAGGAAGCGGAAGAGAAGGAGAGAGAUGAAAGGAAGGAGAGGAGAAAAAGAUGGUUAUGGAAGAGAGGGGGAAGUAGAUGUUACCUGAAAGAGGGAAAAAAGGCAAGUCUAUACACCUCUCCUUAGACAUUUCUUAUAUAUAGUGGUUGGCGCGCAUGUGUAUAGGCGGAGAGAUUGAUGUUAGGUGAUGUACAGUGAGGAAAGAAGGAAACAUUCAAUGCUAUCAUGCUAGUUAAUUGUGGAGUGCAUGAAUGAAAGAGGGAAAAAAGGGCUAAUGUACAACUCUUCUUAGUCAUUUCUUAUACAUAGCUGGCACGAGUCUAUAGAGGGAGAGAUUGAAGUUAGUUGAUGUAGUGAGGAAAGAGGGAAAAAAAGGGCUAAUGUACAACUCUACUUAGUCAUUUCUUAUACAUAGCUGGCACGAGUCUAUAGAGGGAGAGAUUGAAGUUAGUUGAUGUAGUGAGGAAAGAGGGAAAAAAAGGGCUAAUAUACAACUCUACUUAGUCAUUUCUUAUACAUAGCUGGCGCGAGUCUAUAGAGGGAGAGAUUGAAGUUAGUUGAUGUAGUGAGGAAAGAGGGAAAAAAAGGGCUAAUGUACAACUCUUCUUAGUCAUUUCUUAUACAUAGCUGGCACGAGUCUAUAGAGGGAGAGAUUGCAGUUAGUUGAUGUAGUGAGGAAAGAGGGAAAAAAAGGCCAAUGUACAACUCUUCUUAGUCAUUUCUUAUACAUAGCGGGAGAGAUUGAAGUUAAUUGAUGUAGUAAGCAAAGAGGAAAAGUCAACGCUAUUUAUUUUUUACAGCAUGGGAAGCAACUCAAGGGCAAAUAUAAAUAAUGAAAAACAAAAAUGAAAGCCCGCUAAGAUGAUAACCGAUGAGUAGUUAUACUGAGGGAAAGGAUGUUGAAGGACUGACCACCGUUCAUACAUACAUACAUACACAUACACAUACAUACAGACACACAGACAGACAUCUAUGGUCGAAUGCCAAGGUAUGCGUUAACGUGUGGUGUUUGACCUUUCGUUCUUAUCUCCCAUGUUGACAGUGUGUUAUUUUUUCGUGAUUUCCUGUUAGACUUAAUUAGUGUUAGUUUUAGUGACCUUUGUGGACGUAUGACAUGUAAAGAAAAAUAAACAUUACAGAUUAGUUUG